AUGGAACAACAAACUACAAAGGAUAUGAAGUGGGUAAACCUGUUUGCGGGGAAUAGGCUGGCAGCUCGGGGUAUGAGCUUAUCAUACAUUCCUCCGGUGAUAAAGGAGGGUGAGAAAAUUACGCAGCUAAAUCAAGCAGAAUUGGAGAAGGGAACAGCAAAGUGGAAGCAGGCAGCGAUCUUAUAUGUGAUGGGUGCAACACCAUCCAUAGGAGCACUGGAGCGAUACAUAGCAGUAAAAUGGAAUUUUACUGCUAAACCGAAGAUCUAUUUGCAUAAUGAUGGAUAUUUUCUUUUGAAAUUUAAUACCCUAGAAGUCAGAGAUGAAGUCCUAUAUUCAGUCCCCCAUACAAUAAAUAACAAGCCGAUUAUAAUUAAACCAUGGAAAGCAAACUUUAAUUUUGAUGAGGAGGUCUUAAGAAUGGUACCAUUAUGGGUGCAGUUCCCAGAGUUGCCUCUAAACUGUUGGGAAUUGGAAACACUUAGCAGGAUUAGUAGUGUACUGAGAAAUCAAGUUUAUGCUGAUGAGUGCACGAGUAGGGUAGAAAGGAUCUCUUUUGCCAGGGUCCUAGUCGAGAUAGAUGUGACUGUCCCUCUACCACGGAUGAUAAAAGUCCAGGGUCCAACUGGAAGAAAUUUUGAACAAGAAGUUUGGUAUGAUUGGGUGCUAGAUUAUUGUGAGGUUUGCCUUCAAGUGGGUCAUGGCUGCAAUAAUUCUUAUGAAAGCCAAAUCCCCGAGCAGAAGCAGAAGCAUAAAGAAAAGCCUGUGAAGAAGGUGAUACCAAAGAAUCAAGUAAUGGAAUGGAAAGCUAAACAAGGGACUGGCCUUGUCGUACAUACAUGA